GAGUUAACAGUCAAGGACGCACACGAGAAAGCGUCGAGUUGCCGCAGACGCACGGUUGCAGGCAGAAGUGUUUCUGUAGUUGGGAAGGAUGGCUGCUGCGGAGGUACUGCUGACCAUAAGUAAUCCUGUGCUUAAGGCAUACCUCUUCCAUGUUGCAGUACUUGGACUAAAAAUGCUGUUGAUGUCUCCGCUCACAGCACGCCAGCGUUUUAAGCAUAAGAUUUUUAUAAGUCCUGAAGACGCUGCGUCUAUGAAAGGUGCCAAAGUGAAAUAUGAUCAUCCUGAUAUUGAACGAGUGAGGAGGGGACAUCUAAAUGAUUUGGAGAACAUCACAGUGUUCUUUAUUGUGGCACUAGCAUAUCUGCUAACAAAUCCAUCUCCAGGUCUUGCCAUCAAUCUGUUCCGAGCAUUUACUAUAGCACGAAUUGGCCACACAAUUGUGUACUGUGUCAUACCAAUUCCACAACCUACUAGGUUCUUAUUUUUCUUUGUUGGUUGGGCCAUCACAUUUUUCAUGGCAGGCAGUGUGAUACUUCACUGUCUUUGAUAUGAAACAUUACAAAUGUAGUUUUUUAUCAUGGUAAAACAUUUUAUUUGAAACAAAUUUGCAAUUAAUUUUGUACAUAUUGUGGUAAGUAAUAGUUUGCUGAUGUAUUACUUCUGUGAAUGAUUUGCUCACUCUGCCUAAUGUUUUCACAGUGGCACCAUGUAAACAGACAUAAAAACAUAAAUAAAGACUGUUUGGUACACAGUAGAA